UUUUCUUUUCUUACUUUGUCUGUCUUUGGUUAAGUAAAGAAUCUGUCUCUUGCUUUGAAUGCUAUAUCUUUCUUUCAUUGUCUAUUGUUAAUGCUAACCAAAAAAACGAAAUCAAGAUCCGUGAUGUUUCAUCAUGAGUAUCUCGCCUCUCUGUUUUUUUUUUUGCUUUUCUUGACAUGAAUUUAUUAGACUCUUAUUAAAAGAAGAUCAAGAAUCAACUUGGUUCAGAAGUUCACAAAGUUACAGAGACUUUGAUUGAUAAUGGUGAAGAAUGUGUUUAGCCGAAUUGAUUUGUCGAGUUUCAUUACAGGCUCAACUGAACAUACUUGGCAACCAACAAUGUCUUCAGAGACGAACAUCCCAAGUUACUGGCUUAACUGGAGAUUCUUUCUGUGUGCUAUCUUCGUCUCUACGUCUCUGUUUCUGUCUUCGUUUCUGAUUUGGAGAUACGAAGGACCAAGAAAACGCAAGAAACACGGUGAUGAUAAUGAUGAUGAUGAUGAUCAAAGCUUGGAACUCGAGCAACUCACUGGAGUUGUAUAUGAUGAUGAAACUUGGAACACUUGUGUCAAAGACAUGCAUCCGAAUUGGUUGUUAGGUUUUCGUGUUUUUGGUUUUAUUGUUCUUCUUGGACUUAUCUCUGGUAAUGCUAUUGCUGAUGGUACCGGCAUUUUCAUCUUCUACACACAAUGGACUUUCACAUUGGUUACAGUUUACUUUGGGCUUGCAGCAUUAGUGUCCAUAUACAGAUUUAAGUCAGCUGAUAAUGAUGAAAACGGAGUCAGUACAGUCGACGCAGAGCAAGGGUCGUAUAGACCUCCCCUGCAUGGGGAAAACUCGAAUGCGUUUAAAUCUUCAAACGGACAUGAUAGAGACAACAGGUCUACACGUCAGAUUGCAACUACAUUGGGUUACAUUCAUCAGAUUCUUUUUCAAACUUGUGCAGGAGCUGUAUUGCUUACAGAUGGUGUGUUUUGGUUCAUUAUCUACCCUUUCCUCACAGCCAAAGAUUUCAGUCUCGACUUUUUCAUUGUGAUUAUGCACUCGGUCAAUGCUAUUUUCCUCCUCGGUGAAACUUUCCUGAAUUCUCUGCGGUUCCCGUUGUUCAGAAUUGCAUACUUUGUGGUAUGGACUAGUAUAUUUGUGCUAUUCCAAUGGAUUGUUCAUGCUUGUGUCUCCUUCUGGUGGCCUUACCCUUUCUUGGAUUUGUCAUCACCCUAUGCCCCUUUAUGGUAUGCGGCUGUUGGGGCUAUGCACAUACCAUGCUUUGGAAUAUUUGCUUUGAUCGUGAAGUUGAAGUACAUAUGGCUCUCAAGAUAGUACUCAGAACUCAGAAGGACCAUAAUAACCAAAUAUCAUUCAUAUAUACUCAGAAUCUUUAAAAGAGUCUCUCAUGAGCCUUGAAUAGAGAGUUUAAAGAAGUAAGUUACAGACUCUCAUAGUCUCAUGUGGUAUAGCCGUAUAGGUUCUGUCCUGUCUCUGUAUAAUUUUUUUCUUUUCUUUUCUGUAAAUUACAUUCAAAAUUCCUUUUGAAGGAACAUAUAAUCACUUAGCUAA